CCAACCAUCUUCAACAACAGUUACUACAAUUGGAGGAGGCGUUUCUCAGAUUUAGGUCUGACUUUUUUUUAUUCAUCAAUUCUUUUCGAUCUUCUUCUGGGUCAUUUUUAUGUCCUCUCAUCCCAAGCUUUUCCACUUCACACAUUCCUAAGAUACCAUAUCAUGAGUUGCUUUGGUUGUUGUGAGGAUGAUGACAUGCACAAGGCUGCUGGUAAUGGACCAUACAUGACAACCAACUAUGCAGGCAACCCUGCAGGCAAUUAUGCAGCAGAAACAGCACAAAAGGAGAAACAGGCUGUUGCAAUGCAGCCAAUUGCUGUACCUGCAAUUUCAGUAGACGAGUUGAAGGACAUUACAGAUAAUUUUGGUUCAAAGUGUUUGAUUGGUGAGGGAUCCUAUGGAAGAGUGUACCAUGGCGUCCUCAAAACCGGACAGGCUGCUGCAAUUAAAAAGUUGGAUUCUAGCAAGCAACCACACCAAGAAUUUUUAGCACAGGUCUCUAUGGUAUCAAGACUGAAACAUGAAAAUGUGGUUGAGCUACUCGGUUAUUGUGUAGAUGGUGGUCUUCGGGUCCUGGCUUAUGAGUAUGCUCCAAACGGGUCCCUACAUGACAUUCUUCAUGGCAGAAAAGGUGUGAAAGGUGCACAACCUGGUCCAGUUCUAUCGUGGGCCCAGAGAGUAAAAAUAGCUGUUGGGGCUGCAAAGGGACUGGAGUACUUGCACGAGAAGUCACAGCCUCAUAUUAUUCACCGUGACAUAAAGUCGAGCAAUGUUUUACUUUUUGAUGAUGAUGUUGCUAUGAUUGCCGAUUUUGAUUUGUCAAAUCAAGCCCCUGACAUGGCAGCUCGUCUUCAUUCCACUCGUGUUCUUGGAACUUUCGGUUAUCAUGCCCCAGAAUAUGCAAUGACUGGGCAACUAAGUUCAAAGAGCGAUGUAUACAGCUUUGGUGUGGUACUCUUAGAACUAUUGACGGGCCGUAAACCAGUUGAUCAUACACUGCCUAGGGGACAGCAGAGUCUUGUAACAUGGGCAACACCAAAGUUAAGCGAAGACAAGGUAAAGCAGUGCGUGGAUGGUAGACUGAAUGGAGAAUACCCUCCUAAGGCUGUUGCAAAGAUGGCUGCAGUUGCUGCGUUGUGUGUGCAAUAUGAAGCUGAUUUUAGGCCAAACAUGAGCAUUGUAGUAAAAGCUCUCCAGCCUCUCUUGAAUACUCGAUCUGGACCUCCUACUACUGAAACACCAAACUAUUGAAACAAUAAACUUGUUAUCAGUGCUACAAGACGAAAGUGGCUGUUAUUUAUUACUAUUAUUAUUAUUAUUAUUAUUGUUUAUCUUUUGAUGGUAUUGAGAGUUUUGAAUGCCUACCAAAUCUUGAGCUGUUGAUAAGUUUAUCAAGACCUGUUUCAAGUGUAGGGGAACAAAGUAAAAAGAACUAUUGAAUGUAGAUUACAAAUAGCAUUCUUUUGUGGACCUGGUUGUUUUGUUGAUUCUUGUAAAAGUACUUUGAAUUGAUUGUGAGGAAUAUUGGAUGAAACAUUGUACA